AGGUUGUACUUCCGGGUUACGAAGAUGGCGUGUUGCUGACCAACAUGUGAGUUCCAGCACGCGCAAAUCGGGGAUUAAACAGACGUAAACAUCCUGAACCCAGCUUUUCAAGUUACAGUCCAAUAUGGCGUCCGUAGAGGAGGAUUUUCCUCGCGGAGGCGAAGUAAAGAAGACCGCCGAGAGUAAAGCCACGGUUGAGCGAAUUAAAGUGGACAACCUGUUCCAGUCAGACGAACAAACGGCAACAAAGAAAAGAAAGGGCGCCAAGGAUGACAAGAAGCUCAAAAAGCAGAAGGCGGAGCAGAAAGAGGGCGGCCUGACCCUGAACGCCGCUGCUAGAACGGUGGAGAUUCUGCAUCUGAAGAAUGUGAGAGAGGGGAUGCUGUUCCUGGGCUGCGUGAAGGAGGUGACCGACUUCGAGGUGACCGUCGGCCUCCCCUGUGGCCUGCAAGGCUUCCUCAGCAUCAGGAACAUCUGCGACUCCUACACCAAGCUGCUGAGCCAGCAGCUGGACUCCGAUGUGGAUACUGAGGAGUUCUGCUCUUUGUCCCAAAUCUUCAGCCCGGGGAUGUUGCUCCGAUGUGCGGUCUGCAAGUUGGACAUAACCAAAGGAGGCUCGCUCAGCAUCCAGCUGUCGGUCAAUCCGAAGCUGGUCAACAAGAGCCUCACCUCGAGCUCCCUGACGGCCGGAAUGGUCCUGAGCGGGUGCGUGGAGAGCGUCGAAGAUCACGGCACUUUAAUCGACAUCGGCGUCGGUGGGACCAAAGCCUUCCUGCCUGAGGAUGCUACAAGGAGCAAGGAGCAUAAAAGUGAUGAGCUGAAAGUGGGUCAGUACGUGACUUGUCGGGUGGAGGAGGUAAAGAGCGGCGGCCGCGUGGUCUGGCUCUCCUCGGACCCGGCCGCCGUGGCUCAGGCCUCGGCUAACGCCAAACAGGGCUGGAACCUCUCAAACCUGGCGCCUGGCCUCGCCGUCAAAGCCACAGUCAAAAAGGUGACCAAACACGGCCUGCUCCUGGACUUCCUGUCCUCAUUCAGCGGACAGGUGGACUUUCUUCACAUGGAGCCCGGGCAGGAGUCGAGCUACACGGAGGGGCUUCAGGUGCGAGCGCGCGUGCUGUACGUGGAGCCGAGCAGCCGCCUCAUCGGGCUGAGCCUGCGCGGCCACCUCCUGCAGCCCGGGUCAGACGUCAGCCCCGCCUCGCCCGACGGGGACCGGGUCGGCGAGGUGGUGAGGGGGUGCAGGGUGACCGCGCUGCACCACAUGUCGGGGGCCGUGGUGGAGCUGCCGGACAAAAGCCGGGCCUUCGCGCACAGGAACCACCUGAAGGAGCCGAGCGACCCGGCCAACGACAACAAGGUGUCCGCCGCGCCCGAGCUCGCCUGCAGGAUCCUGGACUUCAGCCCCAUGGAGCAGAUCUAUUUCGUCAGUUUGCGAAAGAGCGUGAUUGAUCAGCAGUUUUUCCGCUACCAGGACAUUCACACCGGCCAGGUUGUAGAGGGGACGGUGUCUGUGCUGCUGAGUCACGGGAUGGUGGUUCACCUGUCGGAGCACGUCAAAGGCCUGGUGCCUCGGACGCACCUCUCCGACAUCAUCCUGAAAAACCCAGAGAAGAAGUACGUCGAGGGAAUGAGGGUGAAAUGUCGGGUGCUGUCGGUCGACGCGGAUAACAGGAAGCUGUGUCUGACCAGAAAGAAAGCUAUUGUGGAGAGCACCCUGCCGCUGUUCCUCAGCUACGACGACGCGCGGCCGGGCCGGCUGUCCCACGGCUACAUCGUGUGCGUCAGGGACUUCGGCUGCAUUGUCCGCUUCUACAACAACGUCAAAGGUCUGGUCCCGCUCACGGAGCUCAGCUCCGAGGCCAUCACCAGGCCCGAGGACGUCUUCUAUGUUGGACAGGUGUUGAAGGCCAAAGUUCUUCAGUGUGAGCCGGAGAAGGAGAAGAUGUUGCUUUCAUUUAAGGCGGUGGCGGAGGGAGAUACGGAGGAACGCGCCGGGCCUCAGAUUGACUGCGACGUUGGAACGAGGCUGGAAGCAAGGGUGGUGAAGAAAUCCAACAGCGGCCUGGAGGUCGUCCUCCUCCCAGACGAGGUCCGCGCUGCGCUACCCACAAUGCACCUCUCGGAUCACACGUCCAACUGCCAGCUACUGUGGGAGAGUCUGCAGGAAGGAGACACCAUUUCAAACCUCGUGUGCUUCAACAAGAAUAAACUGAAUAUUAUGAUCACCAAGAAACCCAGAGUGAGAUGGUCACUGGAGGAAGGAGCAUUAGCCAAAGAUUUCUCUGAGAUAAGCGUUGGGAUGCAGCUGAUCGGCUGGAUCAAGAACAUCAUGUCCUACGGGGUCUUUGUAGAGUUCCCCUACGGUCUGGUUGGCCUUGCUCCCAAAUCUGCCAUGUCGGACAAGUUCGUCGCCGACACGACGGCUGCCUUCGCUCUGGGCCAGACGGUCAUCGCCAGGGUGACCAACCUGGACGAGGAGAAGCGCCGAUUCCUGGUGACGCUGAAGAUGUCAGAGGUCAUCACGCCGAGCGGGGACGCCCAGACCGGACUCCUGAACGGCCUGCAGGAGAGACGAGCUGUGAAGGAAAUGCUGGCUGCCAGAGGUGACGGAGAACUCCGGCAGCAGCUGGGCGCGCUGGUCGUCGGGCAGAAGCUGAAACUGACGGUGGAUUCUGUUACAGAGAGCGGUGCCAAACUUAAGUCCGAUGACUUGCCUGGCGCUGCCAUUCUCGCCGAUAAGCACCAUGUGACGGGAGUUAACCUGACCCCUGGACAGAAAGUGAGUGCAGUCAUCCUUAAUGUUGACAUCCUGUCUACCUGUGUCCAUGUCUCCCUCCUUCCAAAGCUGCUGGGCAAAAAGAAAUCACUGAAUGAAGGUGCUGAUUGCUCCGCUGUGGUGCAGUUCGUGGACCAGGACUUUGCCGUUGUCUCGCUAAGCGACGCAGCACAGCUGACUCUGAUCGAAACCCGCCCCCACCUGAACGACGUCAUCCUGUCCCAGUCAGAGAGGCUCAAGGUGGGGAUGACUUUGACGGUGGAAGUUGUGGCGCCCAGCUGUGAGCAACUAGAAGGGCUCCCCCUGGUGUUGUGGACUGGAAACGCGCCAAGGCGGCGGCGCACGCCCUCGGAAUCCCAGACGGACUCGUCGGGACACCGCUUCGGCGAAAUAGUGCAGGGAAAAGUGAGGUCGGUGAAGCCCACCUGCAUUCAGGUCGCUCUGGAGGACGGGAGCGUGGGCAGCGUCCACGUGUCGCAGGUGGUGGAGCCGGCUGAGGUCAGACUGGGGUCCUUCCCCACGUCCACGGCGAGGGUGGGCAGCACGGUCAAAGCCAGGGUCAUCGGAGGACGAGAAGCCACCAGUCACAGAUUUCUUCCGUUUUCUCACCCUAAAUUCAAGUACACCAUACCUGAGCUCACACUUAUACCCAGCCACCUGGAAACCGAUGCAGAUUUCAAACCAGUUACAGCAAAAGACAGACUGGCCAGCUAUAAGGUCGGCGAUGAGAUCACCUGUUUCGUAUCAAAGUUUAAAUCAGACAAGAAGUGUUUGGAGGUCACCACCGACCCCUGCGUCACCGGCACCGUUGACCUGCUCUCCAUGAUCACGGAUCCUAAGGAUGCCAACCACCCAGAAAAACUGUACAAGCUGGGCCAGGCGGUCCGCGCUAAAGUGGUGGAGGCGAGCGUCCAGCCUCGUCGCUUUGUGCUCUCGCUCACAGGGGUCCACAAGCUGGAGAAAGGCGGCAUCACUUUGGGGAUGGUGACCAGCGUUCAGCCGCAGGUCGGCCUCCAGGUCAAGCUUCCCUUCGGCAACGCGGGCACGGUUUCUGUCACCGACCUGGCUGAUUCCUACAGGCCAAACCCGCUGGAGACGUUCAGCAAGGAUCAGUUCAUCAGGUGUUGCCUUCUAGACGUGGAGAACGGGAAGUGGCACCUGUCCCUGCGUCCGUCACGGUUGAACCCACAGAAGACCAGGUCUCCAAAGGACCCAGAGGUCCUGUCGCUGGACCAGCUGCAGCCGGGCCAGAUUGUCCGAGGUUAUGUGAAGUCUGUGUGCGAGCAGGGGGUCUUCAUCAGGCUGUCGCGUGGCAUCACAGGAAGAGCCCAACUUCAGCAGUCCUCUAAAUACUUUGUGACCAACCACAAGAUCUUUUCUAAUCACCUGCCGGUCAACGCGCUCCUCACCACUAAAAUCCUCAGAGUGGACAGGGAGGACGAGUUGGUCGACCUCUCCCUUCUCCCAGCAGACACCGGGAAGCCAGACGUGCUGCCGGAGUCUCUCGGCCUGCCGCCGCGUCUCGUCGGAGACGAGAAGAAACGCGACGGCAAAAAGGCAAAGAAGCGCUCGCUCUCUGAGAGCAAACAGAAAGAAACGGAGCCCCAGAUCCCGAAGAAGAAGAAGAAGAAAAAGAAAUCCAAGACUGAUGGUGAAGACAGUGGAGUGGAGGUGUACUUCAGGGAAGAGGAGGAGGAGGAAGAGGAAGUAAAGCAUGAUUCUGUUAAAGUGGUCCCCGGCUCUGCUGGUCCAUCCAGGCUGCAGGUGGCAGCAGGAUUCUCCUGGGAUGUGGGCCUGAACUCCCUGAAGCCCACGUUGGAAGCAAAGGACGGGGACUCCAGUGACGGAGAAGAGCAAGAUGGAAACGAUAAGCCCCAGAAGAAAUCGCGCCACGGGCUGGAGCAGGAGAAGAAGUCUGCGGAGAAGGCCCUCGCCCAGCGGGAAGCCGAGCUGAUGGACCCGAACCUGCGGCCCCAGGACGCGGGCGCCUUCGAGCGGCUGCUCCUCGCCUCCCCCAACAGCUCGCUGCUCUGGCUCCAGUACAUGGCCCACCAUCUGCAAGCCACGGAGAUCGAGCAGGCCCGGGCCGUGGCCGAGAGGGCCCUCAAAACCAUCUCCUUCAGGGAGGAGCAGGAGAAGCUGAACGUGUGGGUGGCCCUGCUGAACCUGGAGAACAUGUACGGCACCGAGGAGAGUCUGAAGAAAGUGUUUGAGCGAGCCGUGCAGUUCUGCGAGCCCAUGCCCGUGUACCAGCAACUGGCCGACAUCUACGCCAAGUCCGACAAAACCAAGGAGGCGGAGGGCCUGUACAAGAAGAUGGUGAAACGAUUCCGCGACAAUAAAGCGGUGUGGCUAAGCUACGGGAGCUUCCUGCUCCAGCAGGGCCAGGGCGACGCUGCCAGUGCCCUCCUGCAGAGGGCGCUGAACAGUCUACCCCCAAAAGAAAGUGUGGAUGUAAUCACCAAGUUUGCUCAGCUGGAGUUCCGCUUCGGUGACGCUGAGAAAGGCCGCAACAUGUUCGACAAAGUCCUGACGACCUACCCAAAACGGACGGAUCUGUGGUCCGUUUUCAUCGACCUGAUGGUCAAACACGGAUCUCAGAAGGAAGUGAGGGCUCUCUUUGAUCGGGUGAUCCACCUGAGUGUUUCCGUGAAGAAGAUCAAGUUCUUCUUCAAGCGCUACCUGGAGUACGAGAAGAAGCACGGCACCCCUCAGAGCGUGCAGGCGGUCAAAGAGAAGGCCAUGGAGUUUGUUGAGGCUAAAGGCAAAGACGUUGCAAACUGAAGAGCAAAGAUACAGCUUGCAUAGAACUGCUCCCAGAAAACAUCAAUAUUUUAGCUUGAACUCUUUAUUUUAAUAAUGUCGUGGUCUGUUGAGUCAUUACCGUUUGAUCCUGGGUCCAAGGUCCAGCAGACAUUUGUAAAGUGAGUGCUAAUGAUCAAUAAAUGUUAAAAAACAAGCAGCUGUUUAACAUUUCAUGAACUGGCUUUUUAACCUAUUUUGUAAAAUAAAACGAGGAAUGAA